CCGGGAACGCGGCCCAUUCCGCGUCAAUCCGCGCGGGUCAGCCCGGGCGAGAUUUAAUCCCGGCCCAACUGCAACCGCCCGUUCGGUUACGCCCGACGCGGAAAUCACCCCGGCCCAAACCCGCUCCACCCCGUCCAUUCCACUCUGGAUUGAAUCAUCCUCUCCCAACUCGUGGAAGAAAUCCAUCCCGAGCGACGCAGCGGCGGCGCGACCUGGAGGCGGCGACCUCCACCGCAUCUCAAGCGCCCUCCACCGCAUCUCCAGCGCCCUCCCCCACGACCUGGAGGCGGAAGCCGACCCGGCCGCUCGCCCUACCGCUACGCCUCCCUACCCCGAUAAUACAGUAACCCACUGCGCCCCGUGUCACGAUUUUGUGAAAUGGUGGAUCCUGGUGUCUGUGACUGUUUAACACAGAUCAGGUCUCAUAGUUGUUUUGCGGACACUGAUCUGGUCUCAUAGUCACGCUGAAAAUCCUUGGGCUUUCCCUAUCGUUUUGCAAUGAAUAUGAUGAUAAGGGAUCGCAUUAGAAAGAGGAGGGAUGAGGAAGAUGAUGAUAUGAUGAUGUUCAUUUUGCCUGCACUAUAUACGUUGGGUUCUAGUGGAGGGAGACAAAAGGAGAAACGUCAUACAUCAGUGCUAACGGGAGAGGAAAAAGUUCAGGAGCUACUUGAAGGGCACGUGAAGAAUUGUAGGGUAGCUUUCAGAAUGGAACCCCAAAUCUUCAGAUCAUUGGCCAACUACCUUAGAAGGGAACGAUUGGUUAGCGAUACCAGAAUUAAAGUAGAGGAGAAACUGGCAUUUUUUAUGUAUAUGCUCAGUCAUAAUGCUUCAUUUGAGGCUCUCCAACUACAGUUUGGACAUAGCAAUGACAGCUAUCAUCACAUCAUGAAGCAGUUUUUCAAUGUAGUUGUCCCUAUUCUCAGCAACAGAUUUUUGAAGCUUCCCAAUCCUAAUGAAGUACCUUAUAAAAUUCAAAGUGAUUCCAGGUUCUAUCCUUACUUCAAGAAUUGUAUCGGUGCCAUAGAUGGCACCCACAUACCUAUUUCCGUAUCUCCUGAUGAAGCUGCUCCAUUUAGAAAUAGGAAAGGAACACUUAGUCAAAAUGUGAUGAUGGUUGGCGAUUUUGAUCCGAAUUUCACUUUCGUAUCUGCUGGAUGGGAGGGAUCGGCCACUGAUGCUAGGGUCCUUAGAUCAGCAAGGAACAGUGGUUUCCAUGUACCUGCGGGGAAGUUCUAUCUAGUGGACGGUGGGUACGCAAACACAUCUUCAUUCCUUGCACCUUAUCGUGGGGUACGCUACCAUCUUAAGGAGUUCGGUGCAGGUCGCCGAAGACCUCGGAAUUAUAAAGAGCUAUUUAACCACAGGCAUGCAGUACUUAGAAAUGCUAUUGAAAGGGCUUUUGGGGUUUUAAAGAAACGGUUUCCCAUCCUCAAGGUUGCAACAUCUCAUAAAAUUUGGAACCAAGUGAAGAUACCCAUGGCUGCAGCCCUAUUGCACAACAUUAUCAAAGCACUCAAUGGAGAUGAGCAAUGGUUGGAUGAUCCACAAGAUAAUAUCCCUCCAGAAAACUUUGUUGAUCUACCUGAUGGUGAUGAAGACUAUGAGCAUGAGGGCAAUGAGCAUGCUGACAACCAAGGAAACAAUCUCAGAGAUACAAUAGCACACCAGAUGUGGAAUGACUACCAAAGGCAUAGAAAUUAGUGUGUACUGGUUGCUGCAUUUGGAGAGUUCUGUAAUGAUUAUGCAUUAGAAAUUCUAUAAUGAAUUCUGUAAUGUUUAUGCAUUAGAAAUUCUGUAAUGAAUUCUGUAAUGUUUUUGCAUUAGAAAUUAUGUAAUGAAUAUACCUUAUAAAUUGUGUGAUUGUGUAA